AUGGCAGAUCCGUUAUAUGAGCUUCUCAUUCCAUAUUUCGAUAAAUCGUCGCCACGACCAGCACCACCGUCGACUGAUCCCACAACUGCCACCUAUUUGAAUCGACUCUCUACCCUUCCCCUCUCUUCACUAAAUACUUCCGAACCUCAAUCGCUUUCCCAAACAUCCCACUCUCUUCUUCUAUCUCUACAAGCUCUGUCCAAGCGCUCUCAUAAAUCAGUCAUCGCAUCUUCCGACCAUUUAUCGACACUCACUACUACUCUCCCUACCCUUGCAAAAGCCACCGCAGACUUACGAGAUGCCCUUCCCAAGCUGGACGAUGCAGCUAUUCAUUUCAGUGAAAACUAUAACAAUCGAAUUGAAAAUGAUGUCCUCGAUCGACGUCGCAAAGCCCUUUUACUAUCACGAAACGUAGAUAGGCUCGCGGACGUUCUCGAUUUACCUACCUUACUCUCUACCGCGAUAUCUUCUUCGAACACAAUUUCUAGCAGUACGACUGGUAGAGAAAACAACACAUUAAAUUAUGCUUCUGCAUUAGAUCUAAAUGCACAUAUCAGACGACUACACGCAUUAUACCCUACAUCCCCCCUCAUAACGAGUGUAUCCUCACAAGCGGAGGAGAAGAUGCAAUCUAUGGCCACAAAUCUCAUAUACUCCUUGCGACAACCCUCUCUCAAACUUGCAGCUGCUAUGCGUACAAUCUCUUGGCUACGGCGUGUUGCCCCCGAACUCGAUCCUUCUACAUCCAUACCAAGCUCCUCACAAACACGAGAAGGGGCGUUAGGCUCUCUAUUCCUUGUUUGUCGCCUUGCCAGUCUUACAGCUAUGCUUAAUGCACUCAGUCCUUUGCGAGAUCUCGCUGAUCAGGAAUCAUUGCGGUUAAUAUCAUCGAAUGGAAAGGCAGGAGGGAACAAAUUCGAUGCGGGGCAACAGACGGAAAAAUAUUUAAAACGCUACAUUGAGAUAUUCCGGGAGCAGAGUUUUGCAAUUAUUUCCAUGUUCCGUUCUAUAUUUCCACCACCGACAGCUCCAGUCACAAUAGAGGGACUUAAGAACAAUACGCAAGGGAAAGAAGAUAACGAUUUAUUGGGUCCAUUACCCAGUGCCCUGACUACUUUUCCUCUUCAAUUGGUGGGAAUGUUGGAGGAAACCCUGAAAACUUAUCUGCCUAAUGUCAGGGACAAAAGUGGUAGAGACAGUUUGCUCACUCAGGUUCUUUACUGUGCCGGUAGUUUGGGACGAUUGGGGGGUGAUUUCAGCCUUGUUCUUGCCGGCAUGGGAAGUAAAGUCGACCAGGAAGAACUAGCCGAGGGGAAACCUGAUGAGGAUGAGGAUGAUGAUGAAGAAUGGGCAGAGGUUAUCAAAAAGCAUCGGGUUUUGGCAGGCAAGCUGGAAUCUAUGGUAGGGUCCAGAGGAGACUAA